CCUCGACGCGAACACGACAAGACACGAGACAGUCAUCUGCCCUCGCACACACAAAGACAAAAAUCUCAUCAAGCACGAUCCGUGCAUUUUGAUUUCUGGAAAGCAUUUCUACAAGCCAAGCCUCGAGGAGGUGCAGCUAAGCUACGAGAUGGAUCCGGCAGAUCUUGCGCCCCAGUCUCCUCCAAGGGAGAGGGACAGCCCCGGUGUUGCGCCCAGUAUGUUUGGAGCGACGGAAGGAGCCGAAGAGCCUGUUCGGCUGGAUGAGACGGCGGGCGUCGAAGAAGCUGCUCCGUCUGCAGAAGACAGAUUGCAAGCUGCUGGCAUUGUCGGAUCGGCCAAAGCUGCCGGCACUGGAGAAGGUGGAAAUGUGGUGGAUGAUAGUGAGGCGAGAGAGGAUGGAGAGUAUGCUAGGGAGCUGGAAGGUGGGGGUGAGGAGUACGAGUCGCACAGGGAGGGCGAUUCUGUGCCAGGAGGAGUCUUGUCCAAGUGAGGAGCCCCGGUCUAGAAGGAGGCGACUGGUGUAGCAGCAGCUCACAGCACCUGUAUCCUGCCGCGA